AUUCUCACAUCUUCUCCUCCAUUCCUCUGCAAACAAAAAAAAACAAAAAAACAUGGCCUUAACAUUACGGUCUUCUACUUCCUUCAUCAAUCUAAAAGAAACCAAAAGCUUUAAAACCUCCGAUGAUCAUUUCUUAGCCACCGUUUCCUUUGCUCAAAUAAAGCCCUCGUGCCGUUUGCGACCAAAAUAUUCAAUGUCGAUGCAACAAGUUUCGCAUGAGAAAAUCUCCGAGAAAAAAGAGAAACUACACAGUUUAAUGAUUUCCCACACUGAAAACAACAGCAAGGUGCCUGUUUACGUGAUGUUACCGCUCGACACGGUGACACACGGUGGUAACUUAAACAAGCCGAAAGCGAUGAAUGCUAGUUUAAUGGCGUUAAAGAGUGCCGGCGUGGAAGGAGUUAUGGUGGAUGCUUGGUGGGGCUUGGUGGAAAAAGAUGGACCUUUGAAGUAUAAUUGGGAAGGGUAUUUUGAGCUUGUACAAAUGGUUGAAAAACAUGGUUUGAAACUUCAAGUUGUCAUGUCUUUUCACCAGUGUGGUGGCAAUGUCGGUGACUCUUGCAGUAUCCCAUUACCGCCAUGGGUGCUAGAAGAAAUAAGUAAGAACCCGGACCUUGUGUACACUGAUCGGUCAGGGCGGAGGAACCCUGAGUACAUUUCAUUGGGAUGUGAUUCCAUGCCGGUUCUUAGAGGACGAACGCCUAUUCAGGCUUACACCGAUUACAUGAGGAGCUUCCGUGAGAGGUUCAGAGAUUACUUGGGACGAGUUAUUGUGGAAAUUCAAGUGGGGAUGGGACCUUGUGGGGAACUGAGAUAUCCAUCUUAUCCGGAAAGCAAUGGAACAUGGAAAUUUCCUGGAAUUGGGGAGUUUCAGUGUUAUGACAAGUUCAUGAGAGCUUCACUUGAAGCAGCAGCAGCAGCUAUGGGGAAGAAAGACUGGGGAAAAAGUGGACCACAUGAUUCAGGUCAUUACAAGCAAUUCCCUGAAGAAACCGGGUUUUUCCAAAAGGACGGCACAUGGAACACCGAGUACGGACAGUUCUUCCUAGAGUGGUACUCCGGUAUGCUAUUGGAUCAUGGAGAUAGACUACUUUCAGCAGCAAAAGGAACAUUUCAAGGAACUGGAGCCAAACUAUCAGGAAAGGUUGCUGGAAUUCACUGGCAUUACAACACAAGGUCCCAUGCUGCUGAACUAACAGCAGGGUACUACAAUACUCGACACCGAGACGGGUACCUCCCGAUAGCUCGAAUGUUUAGCAAGCACGGAGUUGUUUUCAAUUUCACCUGCAUGGAGAUGAGAGACUCACAACAACCCGAACACGCAAAUUGUUCGCCGGAAGGAUUGGUUCGGCAAGUGAAGAUGGUGACAAAGACUGCACGAGUCGAACUCGCGGGAGAAAAUGCAUUAGAGAGGUACGAUAGUGGUGCGUAUGCACAAGUUUUGGCAACGAGUAGAUCAGAUUCGGGCAGCGGAUUGAGUGCUUUCACUUAUUUAAGAAUGAACAAAAGGUUGUUUGAAGGGGACAAUUGGAGGAACUUAGUGGAGUUUGUAAAAAACAUGUCCGAAGGAGGUCGGAAAAUUCCAGACAGCGACUCCCGAGGAACAAAUCUUUACAUUGGGUUUAUCAGAAACAAGAAUGUGGAGAAAACAAAGGAGGCUGCUCUUGCAUAGAAAAAUUGUAUAUAUAAUUUUCAUGUAUAAUAUAUAUGCUAGAAAACCAGAAAAGAGAAUGUAUAUGUAAACAUCCGUAUGUUAUACACUCAUGCCAAAAUGAUAGAAUCUCCACAAAUACAUGGAGAUUUCAUUAA